AAUCACUCGGGCCCUUGCCACAGUGAUUUCCCUGCUCCCGUGAGCAGGGAGCAGGGAUGGUGAAAUUCCCCUGGCAGUUCUCAAUUCCUUUUUUGAUAGCAGUCACUUCCAGGCUGUGAACUGUGUGCUGCCCAGUUCCCUUGUGCCCCAUGGAGAGGCAGUGGCAGGAAUCUGCCUGGCCGCCCAUGGGAAGCGGGGCUUCAGGUCGCUCCUGUGCCCCACAUGACUGCAGCUUCACCACUGCUGGUAGCAGCACUUGGAAGCAGCUCCACGAGGCAGUUUUAUUUCAGGGGUACAAAGGGGGAUCUCUGGCAAUCAGCAGCCCAGGGCUUGGAACAGCUCUGAUACUGCAUAUAAGGAAUGGCCUAUCCCCCACUUAAUGCAGCCAGUGAGGAUCUAGGGGGCUUUGCCACAUCUUUGCAAGAGGUGCUUGAAGCGACUGCCUGCUAGGAGCACCCCCAGAGCUUGAUGGUGAGGGAUCAGAUUUGCUCUGCCACAGGUUUAGAACAUCCUAGUGUUCUGGGCAGAGAGGGAAUGGUGCUCUGUCACACCAUAACCACCUGAAAACAGCUGCCAGCACAGCUCUGCUGUACAGUAACUGGAGACUUGACCCUUGCCAAGAAGCACAGCCUAGCAGCCCUCAAAUCUUUGCUCCUCUGGCUUCAGGGCACAGAUGGCGUGGCCCUUCUGCCUCAUCUUCCUUUGCUGCUUGCCUCUUGCCAGCCGUGUAACCCAGCCAACAGCAACAACCUCUGCUCUCUCUUAGUGCAAGUCAAAAGCCCUACCUGCAGGUACCAGAAAUCAGGUGACAUUUACAUCUGAUAGAGUCAGGACCAAAAGCUGUGGUGGUGCGAAGUGGAUGUCUUAAAAAACAAAAAAAAAAAAAAAACAAACAAACAAACAAAAAACAAACAAACAAAAAAAAAAAAAAAAACGAGAGAGAGAGUUCUGCUGCAGCUCUGCAGAGAGCAGGCAACAGCCGAGCCUGAGAACCGGGAGUUUGCGGUCCCCGUGCAACUGCGGGUGCUGCUCUGCUGCCCUGCUCAGAGGAACUCUGCUAGCGGGGGGAAGGGACCUCUCCAAUGCACGAGGCAACAGCCGUUAGCUGCAGCUCUGUGGUGGUUCCAGAGACCCUCAGCGACGGCAGGGAGGGAAAGCAGGGCCAGGAGUGCAGGGGUGGCUUUGCUGCUUGAGCUUUUCUGCUUUUGUCACAGCAAGGGGGUAUGUUGCAGGGGAAGAGAUUGGAGCUGCAGCCGUGAGCACAGAGAGGUGCCUGAGGAGUGCUGGCAGAGCUGAGUGACACGGUAGGGCAGGGUGUACAUCAGGUGCCCUGUCGGAACUGCACAGCCAGCUGGCGCUGGCAGCGGCAUGGGCUGCCCCGCGGCACAGCUGGUGGUGGGCACGGGAAGGAAGGGGAACCAGCCCAGCUGAGACAGAGAGCAAGAGAAAGCAUGGGCCCUUCACUCAGGCUCGGCAGCGGUAUGUGCUUGUCCUGCCUUGUUAUGUGUAUGCUGUAAUAAAAUUUCCCUUUUAAGGCUGGGCUGAAGUUAUUUUUACUUGUGGGGUGGUGACAGGAACACAGAACGGAGCAAGAGCUCUCUCUGAACUGUUCUUACCUGAUCUGCGGUGGAGGGGCGGACGGAGGAGGAAGGAAGCUCAGAAAAGGAAAGGGAGCGAGAGAAGGGAGCUCAAGGGAGGGGAAAAGAAAGCAGGCAGGGCAUUCCAGGGAGGGACUAGGGAGGGGACCUGGUGGGGAAACUGAAAAAGAGGGAACGAGGGAAGGAGGAAGAGGAGUAAGGACGGAGAGGUCCUCCGGGAAAAGCAAAGUGGCUCCAGGGAGAAGAGGGGCUGCGGGCAUCCAAUGCCAAGUAUUACUGAGGGGAGCUGAGCGGAUACAGCCAAGCAGAGCAGCUUUUGUGGUGUCCUCCUGACUUUCAAGAUGAUGAAAAGACAGUUUAAUCGAAUGCGCCAGCAGCUGUCCCAUCCCAACACCACCAUUAGAGCACAAGAAGCAACUGAGCUCCUGUCAGAAGAUUUGCUGCAGAUUGAGCAGAGGAUUGAGCCAGCCAAGCGAGCAGCUCACAGUGUUUCCAAGAGGCUCCAAGCCUGCCUGCAGGGACAAUGUGGCUCCGAGAUGGACAAGCGAGUGAAGAAGCUGCCCUUGAUGGCUCUGUCCACGGCGAUGGCUGAGAGCUUCAAGGAACUGGACACAGAAUCGAGCCUUGGGAAAGUCCUGGAGAUGGGUUGCUGCAUACAGAGCUCACUGGCCAAAAUCGUGGCUGAGUUUGAGAUUGCCCUGGAGCACUACGUCCUGCAGCCUCUCAACAAGCUCAGUGAGGAGGAGCUCCCCACCAUCCUGAAGCGCAAGAAGACCCUCCAGAAGUUGAUUUCUGACUGGAACACAAUCAAGAGCCGGCUGAACCAAGCUGCCAAGAGUUCCAGUAACAGCACUGGAGCUGGUGCUGGCCCAGGGUCAUCUUCUGCUGCCAACAAACUGGAGAUCUUGAAGGAAGAAGAGGAGGAGGUGAAGAGGAAGGUGGAGCAGUGCAAGGAUGAGUACAUGGCUGACCUCUACCACUUCUCCACCAAAGAGGACAUCUACGCCAACUACUUCAUCAAACUAUUUGAUAUCCAAGCCCAGUACCACCGGCAGUCACUGGAAUCUCUGGACUCAGCUCUAGCAGAGCUGAGGGAAAGCCACAGACAGACAGAGCCUUCCUUCACGACAGACACCCCGAUGGCAGGGUACUAUGGUGUGUCCCUAGAGACACAUCUCAAGAGCUUGGGCCGGGAGAUUGCGCUUCCCAUCGAAGCCUGUGUCAUGAUGCUGUUGGCUUCUGGCAUGAAGGAGGAGGGACUCUUCCGGCUGGCAGCAGGUGCCUCAGUGCUGAGGAAGCUGAAGAGCAGCUUGGCCAGAGGCUCCAAUGCCCUGGAGGAGUUUUACUCAGAUCCCCAUGCUGUGGCUGGUGCUCUGAAAUCCUACCUGCGGGAGCUGCCCCAGCCUUUGAUGACCUUUGAACUCUAUGACGAAUGGGUCAAAGUGGCCAGCUUAAAUGACAAUGAUAGCUGUGUACAGAGCCUGCGAGACACCUGCAGCCGCCUGCCCCAGGACAGCUACAACAAUCUGAGGUAUCUGAUCAAGUUUUUAGCCAAGCUGGCUGAACACCAGGAGGUGAAUAAAAUGACUCCCAGCAAUAUUGCCAUUGUGCUGGGCCCAAACCUGCUGUGGUCACAGCAGAGCACAGGAGACCCCAUGCAACUGGACUUGGCCUCAGUCUCCUCCAUUCAGGCUGUGGUGGAAGCCCUCAUCCAGAAUGUGGACACUCUCUUCCCCGGAGAGGUAGAUUUCAAUGUCUCGGGCAUGUUCAUGCCACCCACAAACACCAGACUUUGCAAGGCUGCCCCAGUGGAACAGCCAACUCCUACGACCCCUCCAGCCAGCACCCCCACCCUUUUGGACGUAGAGGCCACCUCCAGGAACCCUGAGGCCAGGUCCCAGCCGGCAUCCCCAGCACUGCCCAGGCCAUCUCCUGAAGCUGCAGGGCCACCAGCUCCGAUGAUGACUGACAACACCACCCGCAAAGGCAAACGCCCAGCUCCAGCCCGACCCACAAUGCCACCACCUCCCGUGAUGCAGCCCUGCAGCAUGGCUCCUGCCCAGGCAGCCAGCCCCAAAGCCCUGCCACGACGGACGGUGCCCAGCCGAGCCCCCUCCACCCCACCACCGCUCCCUCCACAGCCAUCACCUCGCCACAGCCGAGAUGCCCCACCAUCCCCCAAGCCUUCCACUGGUGAGGCUGACACAGUGGCUGCCAUGGAUUGUGUGCCGGGAACCACAGAGGAGGGACAGCCACUGCCUGAAGGAAGCCUCCUGGCCACACUGGCCCCAGAAGGACAGCCCACAGAGAACUGAACAGGGUGAGGGGCAUGGGGAAAUCAGAGGUCGAGGAGAUGGAAUUGGUCACCUCUCUGGGACACAGCAGGUGCUGUGGAAAUGCCAGGGUGGCCUGAGGGACAGCAUCUCUUGGUCCUCCACCUUGUUCCUUUGGCUCACACCACCUGGCAUGCUUUGCCUGCCUUCUCUUGCUCUCCUGCCUCGGUCUCCACCUCCCCACACUACCAUGUCCAUACCAGAGCCCAGCCACCAGUGAGGGCCCAGACCCGUGCCCAGAUCUCCCUCUGCAGGCCCAGACACUGCCUGCAGCUUUCGAGCCAGCACAGGCAGUUUGGCCCCAUAGGGCCAUUUGUGGAUGCUCAGCCAUGAUCCCAGCCCCAUUUUCCCUGAAAAUGCAUUGCCCCAGGAACACACAGAUGGAUAUAUAUAAAUACAGAUAUAAAUACAGAUAGAUAGAUAG